UCUUAGCGUACGUCCAACCGGAAGCCCAAAGGAAAACGCGCUCGCUCACUUACGCUCACUCCAUCUUGUGCCGCUGUACGUGUGAGCCAGUGCUUCCCCAUUCCAAUCAGAACGCGCACACACACCAGCAAGUUGUACAAAACAAGGAGUCACCGUCGAAUUUGAAAUUCCUUGCCUUCAGUUGGAUUUCGAACGUUUAUGCGCGACACGCGAAACGCAGCGAACGAGGCGAGCGAAACGCGAAUUUGCCGUCGCCAAAAAGCAAACAGUGAUCUAUAACCGAAAGCAAGUAUCAUCAAUCAACCGAAACUGGAAAACUCACAGUUUUAAUAGUCGCGUUUUGAUUAAUUAAACAAGUUUUCGGAUGCCGCAUCCAUUUCAUUGGCCAUCUAACAGCUGCCAAUAUAAAAGUGUAUCUGUGAGUGCUGUGAUCUCCGUCUUUUUUUUCGGUACCCAUCAAUCUGUAAAUUGCGUGUGAUUUGUGGCGCUUUUGUUCAGACACCAGUAUUCAAAAUCAAAUCAAACAGCGCACAAAACAAAAACUAACAAAACGUUCGCUGUGAAAACAAUAAAUGCGAUUUAAAAGCAGUUCACAUUUUCGUUUAACCACCCAACAAAAAGGCCAUUAAGUGCCAUAACUGCCAACUGGCAUACGAAUCUUGAUUAGCAUAAAUCAAACAAAGCAAUUGGUGAACCGCAGAGGAAUCAAACGGAGGGAAAGAGACAGAUAUUCGCUGUUUGUCCCAAACUAAUCCACAUCGGAUCAGCUGUCGAGCCGCGACUAUCCGCACUUCAGCGGUGACCUUCAGAACGUGACGUUUCCGGUUGCCUCCGCAUCCACAUCCGCAUCGUCAUCGUCAUCCGCAUCCACAUCCGCCUCCGUGUCAGCCUCGCACGCCGCGGCCGUAAAGAUGUACCACAGCAGCGCCGUAGCGGCGUACACGGAUCUGGCUGCCGCCGGGAGUGCGGCAAGUGCCGGAGUGGGAGUGGGAGUCGGGGUGUCUGGCUAUCACCAGCAGGCGGUGAACGCUCCGGUUUAUGUGCCCUCCAAUAGACAGUACAACCACGUGGCCGCGCAUUUCGGAAGUGCAGCUGCACAGAAUGCCUGGACCACGGACAGUUUUGGAUCUGCGCAUGCGCAGCUGCCUGCGCAGUUCUACUCGCCCAAUGCCGCCGUAAUGAUGGGCUCCUGGCGCAGUGCCUACGAUCCGUCGGGAUUCCAGCGAUCCUCGCCCUACGAAAGUGCCAUGGAUUUCCAGUUUGGCGAGGGACGAGAGUGCGUCAACUGCGGCGCCAUAUCGACUCCCUUGUGGCGACGGGAUGGCACUGGCCACUAUCUGUGCAACGCCUGCGGACUGUACCACAAGAUGAACGGAAUGAACCGGCCGCUGAUCAAACCCAGCAAGCGCCUGGUGAGUGCCACGGCCACUAGGAGAUUGGGAUUGUGUUGCACGAACUGCGGCACCCGCACCACGACACUUUGGAGGCGCAACAAUGAUGGGGAACCGGUGUGCAAUGCCUGUGGUUUGUACUACAAGUUGCACGGAGUCAACAGGCCACUGGCCAUGCGGAAGGAUGGCAUCCAGACAAGGAAGCGAAAGCCCAAGAAGACUGGCAGUGGUUCAGCUGGCGGAACGGGCUCUGGAUCGGGAUCCAGCUCCACUUUGGAGGCCAUCAAGGAGUGCAAGGAAGAGCACGAUCUCAAGCCUUCUCUGAGUCUGGAGCGGCACAGCCUCAACAAGCUGCACUCCGACCUCAAGAGCACGGCCAGCAGUAGCAGCUCCCUGAUGGCGCAUCACAAUGCGCAGCAGCAGCAGCAGCAACAACAGCAACAGCAGCAGCAACAACAGCAGCAGCAGCAGCAACACCAGCAGUGCUUUCCCCACUACGGACAGGCGACGACGCAGCAGCAGCACCAGCAACAUGGCCACGGGAUGACCCCCAGCUCCAGUCAAUCCCAGCUGAGUGCUCGUCAGCUGCACGGAGCGACGGGAUCGCAGCUCUACACCACAGGGAGCAGUUCCGGGGGAGGCAGUGCGUCCGCCUACACGUCGCACAGUGCCGAAACGCCGACGCUGAGCAAUGGCACCCCAUCGCCCCACUACCAGCACCACCAUCACCUGGGCGGAUCCCAUGGUCACCAUGUGACCGCGGCGGCCCAUCAUCAUCUGCACGCCGCAGCUGCUGCCGCUGCUUAUGGAGUGAAAACGGAGGCGAGUGCCACGAACUACGACUAUGUGAACAACUGCUACUUUGGCGGCACCUUUGGUCCGCUGGGAGGAGCUGCAUCCUCGGCGGCGAUGGCGGGCGGAGCGGCCAGCGAGUUGGCCGGCUAUCAUCACCAGCACAACGUCAUCCAGGCGGCCAAGCUGAUGGCCACCUCGUAAGGUCGUAAGAUACCAUAGUUGGACGCCUCCUCCGUGAUGUGAUCUCCCUCCUCCUCAGAAACUGCACCCUAACUUGAAGCCCACGCUGGAAUCAUUGCAUUGAAAAGACUUUAGACAUUAGUCCCAUUCAGCACUGUUUGCGAUUUCUGUAUCUUAAGGUUUAACAAAAUCAUAAUAUAUAUAAAACUAACUUCUCCGGAAAGAUAUUAAUUCUAUUAUGAUUUGGUCAAAACCUAAUAGAAAUGGAAAAUGCAAAUGGGUUGUUAUUAGUUUUAAAUGUGCCUAACUGGCAUCUAGUUUAUAAUUCGUGUAAAUAACUAAUAGCAAUUCUCGUUGUACAAAUAUACGUUUAUGUGUGUGUGCUUAUCCAUGGAGUUAUAUGUAUGUGUGUGUACAGAUAUUGUUUAUCGCUUCGUUUAUAAUGUAGUUCCAUAUAGUUCUUUAUCAUAACUCUUGUUCAACUAGCUUAAAUAUUCUCUGUGUAUUCCGCACUUCCCCGCCCACCCACUUCAUAGAACAUUUAGUAAUAGUACUUAGAGACGUAAUAUUAUUAUAAUUUCCUCCUUUAAAUAUCCACGCUAAAUAAAGAUU